CGCAUCUCCGCCCGCGCCCGUCCCGCAAAGCGCUACACCAACGACGCUUUUGACGGCUUGGAUCUGGAUGAUGAGGAUGUCGUCGCUCCCGCUGUCAACCCCGACUCGGGUGACGAUGAUGAUUUUGACGCCACAGCCCACGACGUCGAGGCUGCCGACGCCGAGGAUGACCUCUCCAUCGACGAGGGCUCCGGGGGGAGCGCGUCAGGUGAAGACGCCGGAGAACUGGUGCUUGACGAUGACGAGUCCGUCGUAGGAUCGGAUGUCGAACAGGGCCCUGCCCGGAAAGCCAAGAGCAAAAAGGGCAAGUCGAAUCUUUCCACGGCAGAGUACUCUACCUUGAAAACCGGAAGCUUCAUUGAUCCGGGCAACCAUCGGACGGUCGAGUCGGACAUCCGGUUGGCUUCUCGUGGCGUGGCAGAAAUGUACCACAAUACCGGCAAGGACACCAGGAUCCUCAAUUUGUUUGGUCCGGCCAAGGAAGACGUGCUACCGGCCAUUACAGCUCGAGAUAAAUGGCACGAUGAGCCUACCCUGCCUAGCCGUAAGGUGGACGUAUACGGCCAGGGCGGCAUGGCUUACAGCCCGUAUUACACGGAUCAGGUCCGUGAGCAUGAAGCCACCAUGGGCUGGGGGUGGUAUUAUGAGAAGGGGGGGAAAGAUUCCUUUUCAGAGAGACAGCAGUCCGCUUUCCUAUCGUCUACGCAAGCAGCGCAUUAUCUCUCUUCUACAGACGGGAUUGAUAGAGACGUCCUUCUAGGGCCUUUCAACAAUCAAAAAGUAUUCAACAUCGCCCCGGGCAACUUUAUGAACCUCAGCGAAGCUUGGCCGAAGGAGAAAUCGCCAACGAACGGCAACCCAACGGACGCCAAUGGUGAGCAAAGCCAAGCAGUUAGACAGGGCUGGCUGUUCAACAUAGGCGCCAAGGUACAGUGCGUUGAAUGGGUUACCCAACAUACCGGAACGACGCAGUACCUUUCCAUGGCGGCGCUGCAAAGACCCAAUUUCCCUAAGCCGCGUGAGCAUGCCAAAGCUCCAGCUUUUACGCCCCAACCUCCCACCCCUGCGUCCAUUCAGAUAUGGAGGUUUGAAGCAUCCGAGGCCCCUGGCCAAGAAGGCACCAUCGACUACAGCAAGCGUCCCCAUCUUGACUUGGUUGUCUGCACAGACUGGGGAACAGUCAGACAGUUCAAAUGGUGUCCGUUGCCUAAGAGACAAGAAGCAAAUGAAGACAAGGUCAACCUUGGCCUUCUAGCCGGAGUAUGGGGUGACGGCAAGAUGCGAGUGCUCGAUAUCCGAUACCCCAAAUCCACAUCGACGCAGUAUAUCCACAUCAAGCAAGCGGCCUUUGAGACACGCCCACCCGACGCCAUCUGUACCAGCGUGACAUGGCUUUCGGGCGAGCACAUCGCAGCUGCCAACACCGACGGCAGCAUCGCGGUCUGGGACUUGACCAAAACACUACUCAAACCACAAAUCCCCGGCUCAGGGCACCCGCGUCCCUGGUACUACCACUGCGUGCACAGCAGCUACAUCCUCACGCUCGCGGCAGCCUAUCCCUCACACCCCUACCUCAUCGCCACCAGCAGCAUGGACGGGUAUCUUCGACUCACCGACCUGCGCGCCCCAGCGCACGACAGCGUUUUCUCGCAACGCUCGCGCACCGGCAGCGCCGCGCUGGCCUGGCACGACAUCUCGCAGAGCUUCCUGACCAGCGACGAGAACUACACGCUGCUGGCGCUGUCGGUGCGGCGCUUCCAUGUCAACAUGAGCGUGGGCCGCGGGAACAGCAACAUCACGCACGUGGCGACGAGCCCGGUGCACCCGUUCGCGAUGCUAGGGUGCACGGAUGGCAUGGUCAUUGCUACGAACCCGAUGCGCAAGGUCCUGGUCGCCAAGGCCGAGAUGUGGCACCAGACGUGGUUUGCGCACGAGUGGCGGCGCGGGACCGCGUCUGCUGCUGAUGACCAACACGCCCCGCCGCAGGCCUCGCUCGCGCACCCCGUCAAACGCGCUCGCCAUGCCGCGCCCCUCAGCCGUGUUACUGAUGGCUAUAAGCCCGAGAUCUACAAGCUGUGGGUCGAGCAGGGCCUCCCGAACCAGUACGAAGGCGUCGUGUAUAACACGAUACAUGAGGAGGAGACGGCGACGACACAGGUGUGCUGGAAUCCGAACUUACGGUUUGGAGGGUGGGCGGCGGCGGGGAUGGGGGAUGGGCUGGUGAGGGUCGAGGACUUGGCG